AAUCAUGUGAUAUGCCAGUAAUUGAGAAUGCUAAAACCAAAAGUAAGAGCACGUGGCUUAAACUCAGUGACAAGUUGGACUAGGAAUGCCUUGUUGUAUUGAAAACAAAUUUAAAAAGUGAAGACUCCAUAGUAUGUGAAUACGAUGGAUGGUCUGCUACAUCCUUGUGCUGGGACAGGAAAUGCAGGAUUCCCAAAAUGGAAAAACAUUUAUUUGUUGAUCCCAAGAAAGAAAAAUAUAAAGUUGGAGAUUUGUUGAAAUUCUCCUGCAGACCAGGACUCAUAAGACUUGGACCAGAUUCAGUGCAAUACUAUCCCUUUGGAUGGUCCCCUAAACUCCCAAUAUGUAAAGAUCAAGUACAGUCAUGUGGUCAUCCUCCUGAACUCCUCAAUGGGAAAGUUAAAGGAGUGAAGAAAGAAGUAUACGGACACAGUGAAAUUGUGGAAUAUAGCUGCGAUCCUAGACUUCUGAUAAAAGGACCAAAUAAAAUUCAGUGUGAUGGAGAGUGGACAACCUUGCCAAUAUGUAUUGAGGAGGAGAGAACAUGUGGAGACAUCCCUGAACUUGAGCAUGGCUACGCACAGCCCACUGCCCCUCCCCAUCACCAUGGAGAUUCAGUCUCGUUCACUUGCACGGAGACCUUCACAAUGAUUGGACACAGCUCAAUCACGUGUGUUAGUGGGACAUGGUCCCAACUUCCUCAAUGCAUUGCAACAGACCAACUUGAGAAGUGUAGAGCACCAAGGUUAACUGCACAUUAAGGAAGUCAAUCAGAUAGGAAUUAACUUAAUCAUAACUUUAACAUAAGUUAUAAAUGUGGAGGAAAGCAAGCAUAUGAACACUCAAUCUGCGUAAAUGGAAGAUGGGAUCCUGAAGCUACCUGCAUAAAACUGGACUCAUACCCACCUCCAUCUCAGAUUCCUAAUGCUCGAGUUAUGACAACAACAGUGAAAUAUCAAGAUGGAGAAAAAGUACCUGUUCUUAGCCAUGAAAAUUAAGUAACUCAAGAAACAGAAGAGACUGUGGACAAAGAUGGAAGGUGGCAGUCAAUACCACGCUGUGUUGAAAAAAUACCAUGUUCUCAACCACCUACAAUAGACCAUAGAACCAUUAUAUACUCUAGAUUUUCAGAAGAAAGGAAAGAAGCAAUUGAAUCCAGAGUUCAUGACCAUGGAACUAAGUUAAAUUAUAUUUGCGAGGAUGGCUACAGAUUAUCUGGAGAAGAUGCAGUAACGUGCCACAUGGGAAAAUGGAGCUCUCCACCUCGCUUUGUAAGACUUCCGUGUGGUCCUCCACCUUUGAUCCGUGAUGGUGCUGUGUCUCGCCAGUUAGACAGUUACCAAUAUGGAGAAGAAGUUACAUACGAUUGUUCAGAAGGGUUUGGAAUUGACGGACCUGCAUUCAUUAAAUGUGUAGGAAGAAAAUGGUCCACUGCACCAGAAUGCAUAAGAACAGAUUGCUUUAAUUUACUCAGCAUUGGGAUUGCCAUACUCACAGGACAGAGGAAGGACUCAUAUAGCUCAGGAGAACAACUGACUUACAAGUGUCCACCACAUUACCAAUUGAUUGGAUCCAACGUUGUUACAUGUAUUAACGACAAAUGGAUAGGAGAGCCAACAUGCAUAGAUAAUGCCUGUGUGAAUAAACCCAGGGUGGAAAAUGCUACUAUAAUAUCAAGACAGAUGGACAAAUAACUAUCUGGUGAGAGAGUAUGUUAGGUGUGUAACAAACUUUUUGAAAUAUUUGGGGAAGAAGAGGUUAUGUGUCUAAAUGGGACAUGGACCAAACCACCUCAAUGCAAAGAUUCUACAGGAGAAUGAGGACCUCCCCCAACUGUUGACAAUGGAGACAUUACUUCAUUACCAUUGCCAGAAUGUGCACAAAGCUCUUUGGUUCAAUAUCAGUGCCAGUCCUUGUAUCAACCUCAGAGAAACAACAUGGGGUUUGAGCAAUACACAUUCUGA